AUGGAUCAUGAGGUGACCUCGGUCGGGCAAGAUGUCCAAGUCAUUGAUCCAGAUGUGCGAAUGCACGUCUACAGUCUGGUCACUGCACUGGGAGGUUUCAAUGGCGCAGAUGCAGAUCGCUACAUGCUUGGAGAUGAUGCGCUUUCGUGUCUUCGUGAUAUCAGAAGAUGGCUGAAGCUUUACGAUCAGCGAAACAACCGGAUGGACGUGGUGCGAUGUCUGGGAGAAGCCAACUUGGUCAUGGGCGAUAUCCUGCCAAUUCUCUCGAUAUGGUGGAAUAACGGACAGAACAGCAAACACCUGACCCGAGUUGCAUUGGCAUGCUUGGAGCUGCUCGUGCCAUUGACAUGGCCUGCCGAGUACCACAGCCAAAUGACCGCGAAUCACCACCGGCACACCCCCUAUAUUCAACAAAUCCAAGUGCAGUACAAGCGCGGCAUUCUUCGAUAUGGAGGCUCCAAUCUCCUUCGUGCGGUCAUCCGUAUUGCGCUUCCCAGCAUGGCGAUCCCUCGCUCUGAGCGCGAGUCGCGGGACGAAGGCAUCUUGAAACUGAUGCUCUACUUCCUGCGAAAUGUUGCGAUCAUCACCACCAAUGAAAGACUCGCAGCCGAAGGCGAUGAAGAAGAGACAUCUAGAUCUGCCACCAUCAACGCAUUCCAGGAUCAAGAUGCGUUUGCGCUCAUUCUCACCAUGUGCUCCAACGUUGCAGAGGAUUUCAACCAGCAGGAUAUUGUUUUGUUGGAGAUUCUAUUCCACAUCAUCAAAGGCGUCAAUGUCGACAAAAUUUUCUUGAACGAAGAUGAACGCAAAGCACAACGCUCGGAUGAGCUCAGCCAGCUACUCAAGAAGGAGAAUCAAGUCAAGCGGGAGUAUGCAAAAAAUGCGCCCACUCGUCAUGGCCGAUUUGGAACCAUGAUCUGGGUCAAACGAGAUGAGCAUAAAGUGAGCACAGUCUCUGGUCAAAAUAUUCUACGAGACGAUCAAGCCAGUCUCCAAAAGAUGGACGAGAGCAAGAAAUGGAAACGACCCGGGCGCACGCGUCGAAACAAGGACGAGACCGUACAAUACAAUGACUUCAAUACACCUGUCCAUCUUUCACUCUGGGCAACGAAGAACCUGCGGACGUUUGUCGAAGAAUUCCUCGAUUCAGGAUUCAACCCUCUUUUCACCCAUGUGCGCAAGGCCAUUGAACGGGAAGCCGAGCGCGUGUCCGCAAUCAAUGCUCGGCAGUUCUUCUACACCGUUGGUUGGUUCCUCGAGGCGGAGCGUGCUCGACGAGCUCGACAGGCAAUCCAGCGCAAAAUAGACGGGAAGAACACCAAGGAUGUUGAACCGGACAGUUUUGGCCUGGUUGCCAGUGUGCUGAACCAAGAGACUUUCAUCUCGCUGAAUCGCGGUAUGCAGAGUAGUCUCGACAAUAAGGAGUGGGACGACUUGACGGCACAGAUGCGAUGCUUUACGCAGAUUCUUCUGACUGUGCAAGAAAUGACCUUUUCGCCUCUCGAAGAAGAUCAAGAGAUUGCCGACAAUAUCCAAAAUCGAAUCUUCUACGAGGAAACAACCCAUGAUCGGGUUCUCUCCAUUGUACGAGGGUACAAAGACCAAGGGUUUGGAUAUUUGGAUGCCGCAACUGAAUUAUCACAUGUCUUCCUGCGCAUGCUCGAGCGGUACUCCAAGACUAACGCUGAUCUACAAAUUCGAUCGAAGAGGCGAGCCAAGAAACGCAAGAAGGGGGAAGCUGCCCAAUCCGCAGGGCAAGAGGAAGGCGAGGGGGAAGUCGAGAAUGAAGAGGACGUUCAUUCCGAAGACGAAGAUUUAAUUGAUUCAGCACAAGUGAGCAAAGAGCGUGCUUUCGACUUUAAGCGCUUUGCCGCCAAAUUCUGCAAUCAAAGCUGCGUGAACACAUUUGUCGAAUUCACAUCAUUUUACCGCGAGCUGAACUCUGAACAGCUGAAGCGUGCUCAUCGGUAUUUCUACCGCAUCGCCUUCAAGCAAGAGAUGACCACAUUGCUAUUCCGCUUGGACAUUAUCAGCCUUUUCCACCGGAUGAUCAAGGGGCCCGGAGCUAUGGAUUCCAGCAAACCCAUCUACAAAGAAUGGGAGGAGCUUGUCAGGCAAAUUCUGCGCCGGUUGACGAAGAGGAUCGACCAGCGACCAGCACUGAUCACAGAAUUACUCUUCAGCAAGAUGAACUCGACGAUCUACUAUCUGGAGUUCGGUCAUGAGAGACAGACCAUGUCGACAGCCAGGCGGCCUCCUGCUGAGCUUCAUUUCGUUUCUAAAGAGACCCUCUCGAAAGAAGCCAAACAAGGAGUGGUCACUGGUGCCCUCGUUCUGGAUGGCCAGGCGGAUCUGGUCAAAUGGCUCGUAGACGUCUUGAAGUCUGCUGCCUCGGAGCGUGAGGACUGGGAGACUAAUACGGAAGCUCGUCGAGAGGAAAACCCCGAAAGUGUUGCUACGCCCAACCCUUUGAUCCAUGUCAAACCUGGAAGUGACUUUAUUGAAAACUCCAUGUUCACCAAUGCCAAGCUACGUCUUCUGAUGGAGUCUGUUGGUUUGGAGCGACUGGGUCAAGAAGACGUGCGCGGCGCGCAAUGGGUCGUUCCAGCCCGCAUGACCUCUGAUGAGUUGAACGAGACCAUCUCCAACAUCAACAAGUCCAUUCUCAACCCGAUGCCCGAAGGCACCGAUGAAGAUCCUCGUCAAAUGCUCCGUCGAAAAGAGACGAGUAGUGCCCGGGAGAGCCUCGCCCCCGGAGCGCCGAAUGUUCAAUUCGGAUCCGACUCUGAAGGAGAAGAUGUUGUUCCGGACGGGCCCCUCUUCGCACCUAAUCCGCGAAGCAAAUCCAGUGCAUUAGAUGAGCUGAAGCGGAAGCGAAAGAAGAAGUCUCGAAAGGUUGACGAUGGGGACGAAGCCGAGCCCCUGGAUGAUGCGGUGCUGGAGGAGCGUCGUCAAGCUCGGUUAGCGGCGGCAUUGGCGCGUCAGAAUAAGAUCAAGAGUGAUUUGUUCAUCCAUGCCAGUGAUGAUGAGACUGAUGAAGAGGCCGAUCGAGAAUUCUUCCGACUGGAAGAAGAUCGACGCAGACAGCAAGCUGUGAAUGUUAAGAAAGCCAUGAUGUUGGGGGACGUACUUCAAGCGGAGACCGGAAAGAAGGACGGAACAGGCAAAAAGUCCGCUGUGCGAAAACGCAAAAGCGACAAUGCCGCCAUACAGUCCAAACGACGUCGAAAAUCAUCAUCAGCGAGCGACGGAGACGAUGACGAUGAAGAUGACGACGAUGACGACCUUCUCAUGGCCGACGUAGAUGAGAGGUCGUCUCAUUCUCCGCAAGCGGGUGCGUCUGUUGAUCGCGGAUCCAGAGGUGAAGACGCGGCAUUGUCGUUGACGGACGAUGAGAUGGACUUUGACGACGAUUUGGUAUUUAGUCGAGACCGAGCCGCCAAAGCAGCCGCCUUGGAGAAGACCGCGGGCAGUGAUGAUGACGAGGAUGUAUCGGUGGCCCCUUCGAGUCGUCGAAUGCGUGGUGGCUUUGUGAUUGACUCUGACUCUGAAUGA